AUGGCACCUACUGGACCCAUCACCACCCCGCUCACCACCCGGUUGGGCAUCAAGCACCCCGUCAUCCUCGCGGGCAUGGCACACGUCGCGGGCGGCAAGCUGGCGGCGGCCGUGUCCAACGCAGGCGGCCUCGGCGUCAUCGGCGGCAUCAUGUACUCGCCCAACCAGCUGCGCGAGAUCAUUGCCGAGAUGAAGUCGCUGCUCACGAGCCCCGACCUGCCGUGGGGCAUCGACCUGGCGCUACCUAAGAUUGGCGACAGCGCGCGCAAGACCAACCACGACUACACUAACGGCAAGCUAGACGAGCUCAUCGACCUGACGAUUGAGAGCGGCGCGCACGUCUUCGUGUCGGCCAUCGGUACCCCCCCAAAGGCAGUCAUCGACCGCCUCCACAAGGCCAACAUUAUCGUUAUGAACAUGGUCGGGCACCCUAAGCACGCCAAGAAGGCGCUGGACCUCGGCGUCGACGUGGUGAUCCCGCAGGGCAGCGAGGGCGGCGGCCACGCGAGCAGCAUCGCGACGUCGAUCCUCAUCCCCGCUGUCGUGGAUAUUGCCAAAAACUACAGGCCGCCGCUGCUGCGCGGCCAGACGGCCAUGGUGGUGGCCGCGGGGGGCAUUUCCAACGGGCGCGGUCUCGCGGCGUCGCUGGUCAACGGCGCGGUCGGCGUCUGGGUCGGCACGCGCUUUGUUGCCUCCGUCGAGGGCAACACGAGCGAAGAGCACAAGAAGGAGGUGGUGAGCUGCACGUAUGACCAGACGGAGCCCACGCUCGUCAUCUCAGGCCGUCCGCUGCGCCUCAAGGUCAACGAGUACAUCGAGGGCUGGCACAAGCGGCCGGAGGAGAUCCGCGCCCUCUGCGACAAGGGCAUCGUGCCGUUUGAGCACGACCUGGACGAGGGUCGGGACUUUGACUUUCCGCACAUCAUGGGCCAGGUGGCUGGUUCCAUCAACUCAAUCGAGCCCGCCGCCAAGAUUGUCGACGACAUGGUCAAGGAGGCUGUGCAUGUGCUGCAGGUUGGCAACUCGUAUUUGUCCAGCACAAGCCGCCUUUAG